CUGUAAGCAAAACCCCUCAAUUGCUAUCACAUAUGACAAGCAAAUCUAAGUAGAAUCACUGCCUAUUGGCUUGUCAAUGCGUCAACUAUUGACAGAUUUCAGGGAUUAUUCAAGGCAGAAAUGAAAUAUUUCUGAUCAUUAUUUUGGCAGUAUUUGGAUGGCUACUCAAACUCAGAAAGAAAAUAUAUCCCUGAGUGUUACUGUCGUGAGGAAGAAGACAGUGUGAAGAAACUCCUGCAAAAUUAACACUGGAGGAGAUGAGGAUGUCACAACAAUGACCUUUCUUUCAUCUCUGCUGAGAUAUACUACCUGUAAAAUAUAAUUCCCUGAGAAUUCCAGGCUAUCCAGAAGAAUCGGCACCCUGACUGAAUCUCACAAAUACUUUAUAGUAUGCUGGAGGAAUUGACAUGGAUCAAUACUUUCCAACUUUACACUCUUGAAUAAAGCAUCUAACAUGGCGACGCCAGUUGCCAAACAACUUUAGCCACUGUGGUUGGCAGGGCCAAUGCGCUAACUGUUGUCAGCACUGUGAGAGUGUCUUCGGAGUGUGUUCUUUGCGUUCGUGAGAUGGAAGUAGUACCUGCAAAAAUGCCAUCAGAAGUUCAGAGUGGCAGAUGUCCUCUGGGCAUUAAUGACUUACCAGAUGAAAUUCUGAUAAUCAUCUUCUCCCACUUGUCAUUGACUGAACUCCUAGAUGUUCAGAAAGUGUGCCAUCAUUGGAAAACACUGUCUCGAGCUCCGGAGUUGUGGAACCACAAGGAAUAUCUCAUCGGCUGUCCAUCGAUUAGACCGCGUGAUACUUUACGUGGACACCACCGCGCCAGGCAGUUUGGCGCAACUGACCGGGAGGCGAUAGAGUUUCUCCCCAAUGCUCCGGAUCUACGGAAAGUGCGUAUGCUGCAACCUGUCUCACCUUGUGUUAUCAGAGCCCUGUAUACCAGUUGCCAUAGACUUUCCGAGCUGUCCCUGGUUAGCUUGCAGAGGAUCAACUACCCAAUGCUCAAGAACUUGGUUGAGAAGUGCCCCAAAAUAAAUUCACUGACGAUACCCAGUGAAGUGAUGAGGUCAGAGAUACUUGCACAGGCAGUCUCUCACUUGGAGCACCUACGUGUCCUCUGUCUGGGAGAAUACGAUUCUAGCAAUGAAACACCUCUUCUGCUGCGCCUAAUAGCUGAUAGUUGCCCACAGCUAGAAGAAGUUGACUUCACAUUCAGCUAUGUCAAUAUGGACGAUCUGGAAUACUUCCUGGAAGCCAAGAACAACACCCUUAAGUCCAUACGCAUAAAGUGGACAAUGGCUGGGUGUGUCACCCCACUACUCGCAUCCUGUGCUGGUGGCUUGGAACGUCUGAGGCUUUACAAGUAUGAUGUUCACGUUGAAGAGCUGGAGGCCUUUACUGCUCUUGGAAGAAUGGAGAAUUUGCAGGAACUUAAAAUGGGGUGGAUUGACCCAUCACCUGGUACAGCUGCUCUAGCAUUUAAGGAUGGAAGGCUACGGAAACUGAGAGCACUGGAUCUACGUUGUUCAUCUGCCCUGGACGAUGCCACAGUAAUUGCCAUCUGUCGUGGGUGCCCCGCUUUACGUGAACUCUACCUCUGGGGUGCCGAUAAGCUGUCUGAUUUUGCCUUCUCGGAGAUCUACCGUCUGCAACGUCUUGAAAUAUUGGAUGUGUCAUGUUGCAAAGCUCUUGGUGGGGCUCUAAUCCCUUUCCUCACCGGCCUACCACGACUUCAUACAUUAAUCAUGGAAGAAAUGAAUUUUCCAAAAUUGGAACCGGGUCUAAGUAGUAUUGUCAAAUUGUCCAACUUGCGCCGCCUGUCACUGCAGAAUUCCAUAGUUACUGGAGUUCCAUUUGAUCAGUUUGCAAGCAAGCUUGUAAGUCUCAGGAACCUGAAUGUCAAGUGGUGUCGACGUGUGCCCGGGGGUGUGAAACGGCUGAUGGAACUGAUGCCAGCUGUCAGAAUCCAUGGCAGCUUCAAGGAAUGGGACCUGCCUGAAGACAUUGUGAGACUUUUUUGAAGAUCUUUGUGGGAAUCUGCCAUUAAUUUUGUUCUGGCAUAAAGUCAAAUGCUGGCACCACGGUAGAGCAGAGAAGGUUGUGAAGAAAACGUCAGCAAAUACUACACAGACCAACUCCUCUCUAGGACGACGAGACAGUAGUGGCAUCUACAUGAAGAGAACAUAAGCGCUGCGCUGCCUGGCCAUGGCCCAGUUGAAGACUAGCCAUUCUAAGAGCUCUGUAGCAGUGACUUAGGAACUGUAUAAUUGUAUAUACUAAGGAGAUUUUUAAUUUUUUUCUGUCGCCAUUGCUUGCACCACCUCAUUGAAAAUUCUCAAGGUUAAAUAUUGCCAUUUAUCUUAAUGUAAUAAACAUUCAUUAAUACAAUUUGCUUGAAUUGUUGUCUAGCGAUCCGAGAGAGCAGGUUUCCUAGGCACUCUAUAUUCGACGAGUAGGCAGGACACAAAUUUUAUCUGGGUAUCAGCAUGUCCUUGUACUCGUAACCAUGAGGUUAAGCAUGCUGUAUAAUAUCAGUGAUGUCUUCUGUUGUCAAAGAAUUUGGUUCAUGUGUAUGUUUUCUGUGGUUUAUGUGAUGUGUGUGUGAUCGCUUUGUUUCGUUUAUUGUCAUACAUGUAUUAAAUAUG